CCCGCUUUUAGGCUAUCAAUUGAAAAUCUCACCAAUUGGGGUCACAAUGGGGUGCCGGCCCCGUAUCUGGAGUCCCCCCCCCCUUCAGACUGCGACAGAAAACUGCGACCGGCCAAAACGCUGGGAUAGUUAUGAAGAUAAGGGGGGGAUCAGGCCGUGAAAGUGACCGUGGCCACUUUUCAGGCACAUUUUUCAGACCCCUCUUGUGGCGGCGGGUUCGCCGCCGGGGGGUUGCCGGUGGGGUGGCUCUGCACUUAUUCUUUUUGCAAUCCCUUGGUCCAAGAACUCCGCUUUUGGACCAACGCGGCGAAACAGGAUGCUACAGCAGUGCUGACUGCAACCUUCAUCAGAACACAAGCGUCUUGAGCAUAAUUCCAAGCACCUGCAUGAUGUUUGCUGCCAUCACUUCAUCGACGCCAUGUUCCUAGGUUCAGGGUAAACCUCACACAUGUGCGUAUCCACAUUACUUACAAGAUGGCGCUUGGGAUCCACUUUUCCAACGUUGGCUACUAGCAGUUCCUCGACCGUCCUGCCUUCCUCGUCUCUGACUCGAAGGUUAUAAUUUUCAGAAUGCCUCGCCAUAUUAGCAAUUAUCUCGUGGUUUGCCAGUGUAUGGCAAGCAAAGUCGAGAGUAAUUAGGCCCGCGACCCAC